AUGAAAGCAUUCACCAGCUUACUAUGUGGACUGGGCCUGUCCACUACACUCGCCAAGGCCAUCUCAUUGCAAAGACCGUUGGGUCUAGAUAAGGACAUUUUGUUCCAAGCUGCGGAAAAAUUUGGUUUGGACUUGGACCUGGAUCACCUCCUAAAGGAGUUGGACUCUAACGUAUUGGACGCAUGGGCUGAGAUAGAGCAUUUGUACCCGAACCAGGUCAUGAACCUUGAGACCUCGACUAAGCCAAAAUUCCCUGAAGCGAUCAAAACGAAGAAGGACUGGGACUUUGUAGUCAAGAACGACGCAAUUGAAAACUACCAACUUCGUGUCAACAAGAUUAAGGACCCUAAAAUUUUGGGUAUCGACCCAAACGUCACACAGUACACUGGUUACUUGGAUGUUGAGGACGAAGACAAGCAUUUCUUCUUCUGGACUUUUGAAAGUAGAAACGAUCCUGCUAAGGAUCCGGUCAUUCUUUGGUUGAACGGGGGGCCAGGCUGCUCUUCGCUAACUGGGCUAUUCUUUGAAUUGGGGCCCUCGUCCAUUGGACCUGAUUUGAAGCCGAUCGGAAACCCUUACUCUUGGAACAGCAAUGCUACCGUGAUCUUCCUUGAUCAACCUGUCAAUGUUGGAUUCUCGUAUUCCGGGUCCUCGGGUGUCUCCAACACCGUCGCCGCCGGUAAGGACGUCUACAACUUCUUGGAAUUGUUCUUUGACCAGUUCCCUGAAUACGUCAACAAGGGCCAAGAUUUCCACAUCGCUGGGGAGUCCUAUGCUGGCCAUUACAUCCCCGUUUUUGCCUCUGAAAUUUUGUCCCACAAGGACAGAAACUUUAACCUGACCUCCGUCUUAAUCGGUAAUGGUCUUACUGACCCAUUGACUCAGUACAACUACUAUGAGCCAAUGGCUUGUGGUGAAGGUGGCGAACCCUCCGUUUUGCCUUCCGAAGAAUGUUCCGCUAUGGAGGACUCCUUGGAGCGUUGUUUGGGCUUGAUCGAGUCGUGCUAUGACUCCCAAUCUGUCUGGUCCUGUGUUCCAGCUACCAUUUAUUGUAACAACGCCCAAUUGGCUCCUUACCAACGUACCGGCAGAAACGUCUAUGACAUCAGAAAGGACUGUGAAGGUGGCAAUUUGUGCUACCCAACUUUGCAAGAUAUCGACGACUACUUAAACCAAGACUACGUCAAACAAGCUGUCGGCGCAGAGGUUGACCGCUACGAAUCCUGUAACUUCGACAUUAACAGAAAUUUCCUGUUUGCGGGUGACUGGAUGAAGCCUUACCACACCGCUGUGACGGAUCUUUUGAAUCAAGACUUACCCAUUCUGGUCUAUGCAGGUGACAAAGAUUUCAUCUGUAACUGGUUGGGUAAUAAGGCAUGGACGGAUGUCUUGCCAUGGAAGUACGACGAAGAAUUCGCAAGCCAAAAAGUACGUAACUGGACCGCAUCUAUUACCGACGAGGUUGCUGGUGAAGUCAAAUCCUAUAAGCACUUCACCUACUUGAGAGUCUUCAAUGGUGGCCACAUGGUUCCAUUCGACGUCCCUGAAAACGCCUUAAGUAUGGUUAAUGAAUGGAUCCACGGCGAUUUCUCGUUAUAA